UCUAAGGUUCAUCUGUUAUAUUAUUUUAAUAACCUUAAGACAAUAAAAUGAAUCUUAGAUUAUUAAUUUGUAUGUUUUAUUUUUAUUGGAUUUCAAGUAAUAUUUCUAUUGUUAAUUGUAAAAUAUCACGAAAAACCUAUUCAAAAUAUUUUAUUGAAGUUCUUAAUCAUAUCCGUGUUCAAAAAGGAUGGAAUUUGAUGCAUCACUUGCAAGUGAAACAUAGUUCUAUUACAUGUCCUAUAAGAGAAACAUUUGCACAAAAUAUCGUUGACGAAAAUUUCUUGAGUUUGUAUAAUAACAUUAUUCAUUUAAUUAACUACAAAUAUAUGGAAAUAGUAAAAAUAUUUGCUAAUCAUUUAGACAUAAUAAUAGCUCUUUGCAAAACAUAUUUGAAUUUGAAUUCUGAAAAAAAUUUAAUAUAUUGUACUAGUAUUAUUCAAAAUUCAAUGAAAAACUCUUUGGUAAUGUUUGAGCAUUUAUACGAUUCAAUAACAGUUUUAAGUUAUCUAGAUGUAACACUUGCCUUUAGUAAAAAAUGCAAAAAUUGUGAUACAAUAGUUGAUGAAAUUUAUUUUGUCAAAGAAAACAUUAAUUCGAAGACGAAACCGGAAAAUUUCAUUGACAUUGAUCCCAAAGAUAAAAAAGAAAAAGCGAAAAUAGUAUUGCUGGAUGUUAAAUAUUUUAUCGAAACUAUAACUAAAAUAACACAAAAUUUUUUUGAGAAUAAUGUCGUUGUAGUUAAUAAUUCUAUGGAUGAUGAUUUGACAUCAAUUAACGCCAAAAAAUAUAGUAAUAUUUAUAGCAACAAAUUGAGUUUUGUAAAUUUGCUUGUAGAAAAGCUUGAUACGUUUUAUGAAGAAACUAUUUUGAAUUAUUACGAAAAUUUAGGAUUUAAACAACUGUUAAACCCUACCGAAAGCAGAUUAAUGCCACCACUAGAUUUAGAAAUUUCUCAAGAUCAUGAAAUUCAAAAAUUAAAUGCAUUCAUCAAUGGCGGUAACUGGAAUCUACUAUACUAUAUUAAUAUAAUUAUUAAUGAUGAUCAAAGAAUUAGUGCAAGUCAUAUUACUAGAGACCAGGCAAACAACAAUAAUUUUCGUUUAAAAAAAAUAUAUUUUUUACAAUUGAUUAAAUGUAGAUUUUCCGAAAUAUUAAUGAAUUAUGAUUAUAUUUUAUCUACUACACUAGAGUAUUGUGAAUUUAAAAAACCUAACUUUAAUAAAUUUAUAAAAUGUAUGACAACUUUUUUAAACACAUUUAAAGCUACUCAUACUUUAUUUAAUUUUAUGCUGAAAGCUUUGGAAAGUUUAAAAGAACAUUCAGUUUGGGAUUGUUAUUCUAUUUCACCAUCAAAUUUAUCAUCGUUACGAGAAUUCCUUGUAAAGUGUUGUGAAUAUAUUUCUAAUGAUUGUUUGACAAAUGACGAUUUCGGUGAUUCAAAAUUGUUUUCCCAUAUACAUAUAAAUAAUAUGGCUAAUAGAUACAUGUAUAAAUUAAUCAAAUUUAGAAAAUUUUUAAUAAAAUCGUAUAAAGCUUUGCAAAAUCAAACAAAUAAAUGUUGUGACUAUGGAAAUAAACCAGAAACAACAUGGUUACAUGCAACUGAUUUGUCUAAUGCUCAAAAUUUUAGUAAAGACGAGUUAUUUACAGUCAACAAACAAAAUAUUUUCAAUCGAUGGCUUAUAUUUUUUAAUGAAUUUAUUAAUAAUGACUAUGAAGGAUUAGGAUUUGUUAAUAUGGUUACAAAUAAUUCUUAGAGUUAUCAUUGAAGAAUUAGUUUUAAAGGCUUAAAUAAAUGUUUUAUUUAAAACUUUUAUUGAUAAGACAGGUUUUACAUUUAAUAGUAUUAUUUUAAGGAUGCCAUAGCAGCCCAUUAAGAGUCAUUGCGUACUCAUUGAAUGAGAAAUAAUUCAAUACAUAUAUUAAACAGUUUAUUAUUAACCAUUAAUAAAUGUAUAAAUAUUUAUUAUAUGUACAUUAAUAUUAAAUUAAAAAAUAAUUUUUUGUAAAAUAAAAUACUAAACUGUUGUAGUAAUCAUAUCAU